AUGUACAUCAAAUCGAUCGUCAUCGACGGAUUCAAAUCCUACGGGAGACGCACGGAAGUUCAGGGAUUUGAUCCAGAAUUCAACGCCAUCACAGGCCUCAACGGGACGGGAAAAUCGAACAUUUUAGAUUCGAUCUGCUUCGUGCUCGGCAUCUCAAACCUGGUCCACGUUCGCGCAACAUCGCUGCAGGAUCUGGUGUACAAAAGCGGCCAGGCCGGAAUAACCAAAGCGACUGUGACCCUGAUUUUCGACAACUCGAACCAGAACCAGUGCCCAAUCGGUUAUGAGCACUGUCGAGAAAUCUCGAUCACACGACAGAUCGUUGUGGGCGGAAAGAAUAAAUACCUCAUCAAUGGCAAAUCGGUGCAGAACAAGCGGGUACAGGAUCUGUUCUGUUCGGUGCAGCUGAACGUGAACAAUCCGAACUUUCUCAUCAUGCAGGGCCGCAUCACGAAAGUGCUGAACAUGAAGCCGCACGAGAUUCUGUCAAUGAUCGAGGAAGCGGCCGGCACAAGUAUGUACGAGGCGAAACGUGACACCGCACUAAAACUGAUCGAGAAGAAGGAUGCCAAGCUGAACGAGCUGUACGCGGUCAUACGGGAGGAGAUCGAACCCAAGCUCGAGAAGUUGCGCAAGGAGCGCGAACAUUACAUCGAGUUUCAGAAGGUUUGUCGUGACAUUGAGUAUCUGACGCGGCUGUACGUCUCGUAUCGGUACCUGCAGUUAUGCAAAAACGUAGAGGAUUCAGAAAAGGCGAUCGCCACCCUCCAAUCGGCCAUCGGCGACAGCGAAAAGAAAAUCGAAUCAAACAGCUCAACAGCGGAGAACCUCGAACAGGAGGCCAAGUCGAUGCAGGAACGCAUCGAUACCGAGGGAGGUGGGAUGUUGGGCGAGUUGGAGAAGGAACUAGCAGCGGAGAGCAAAAAAGAAGCGACCGUAUCCGCGGACCGAAACAAUGUAAAGGACAGCAUAGGUGUCGAACAGCGGAAACUGAAAAAUCUUCACAAAAGCAUCCGGGACGAUGAGCAAGCGCUAGCGGGAAAGGAAGCGGAGAUGCAACGUCGCGGGGAAAUGUUUCAAACGCUCAAGGAUGCGUGCGAGACAGAUGCCAAUUCGUUCGCAGCAGCCCAAAAACACUUGGAGGCUGUCUCUGCAGGUCUGUCGACAAACGAGGACGGCGAAGCGGCCACGCUUCAGGAUCAGUUGAUUUCCGCGAAGCAAAAGUCUGCCGAAGCGGCCACGACCAUUAAGCAAUCGGAGAUGGAGCUGAAACACUCGCAACAGUUGCUCCGGGAUAAGCAAAAGGACAUGAAUAGCAGCGAUGCGGCGUACCUGGAAGAUAAACGGAAACUGACGAAGGUCGAGGGACAGAUCGGCCAGAUCGAGCGAGAGCUGCAAUCGACGGGGUAUGAAGAGGGUUCCAUUGAGUCGUUGUCCUCCCGGAAGCAAGCGCUGCAGUCCGAAAUUCGAGGCCUUCGUUCGGAUCUGGACCGACGGAAUGCGCAUCGCUGGGAGUUGCAGUACCGCGACCCAGAACCAGGCUUCGAUCGCAGCUCGGUCAAAGGAAUGGUUGCAAAGCUGGUCACCGUGAAGGAUCCCAAGUUCGCUCAAGCCCUGGGAACCGUCGCCGGUGGUAACUUGUACUCUGUCAUCACUGACACGGACAUGACGAGCAAAAAGCUUCUGCAGAAGGGGCAGCUUCAGACUCGCACAACCAUGAUUCCAUUGAACAAGAUCACGGGUCGCGAAAUCGAUCCAUCGGUGGCACGUUUCGCGGAGGAAUUGGUGGGAAAGGAAAACGUGGCCACUGCGCUGUCGUGUGUUAGCUACGAUCCACAGGUCGAAAAGGCGAUGCGGUUCGCGUUUGGACAUUCGUUCAUCGUGAAGGAUCUGAACGUGGCGAAGAAGAUCACGUACCAUCCACGCAUCAUGACGCGAUCUGUUACUCUCGACGGGGACGUGGUCGAUCCAGGUGGUACCCUGUCCGGUGGUGCCCGAGCCAAAGGAAACGCCGUCCUUUUGGAGGUGGCUGAAAUCAACAAGUUACAAGCUGUUCUGCAACAGAAAGAAGCUGAACUGCGAGAAAUUUGUGCCGAAAUGGGCAAUAUUGAGAAAACUGCCCAACGUUUCGGCCAUCUGAAGGAGCAACACGAUAUGCUCAACUACGAGUUGAACAACCUAAAGCAACGGCUGGCUCAGACAUCAUUCCAACAGACGCAGGAAGAAAUCGAGCAGUUAAAGCAGAAAUUAGAAACACUGCAACAAUCCAUGGUCGAUGCUCGACAGACGCAAACCCAGUGCAACGCUAAGGUGAAAGACCUGCAGUUCAAGAUUGCCGACGGAAAAGGGCACCGUGAGCGUGAGCUUAAAGCCGCCGAGGACGACCUGAAGCGCACGAAGAAGAAAAGCGAGGAAAGUCGCAAGAACUGGAAGAAGCACGAGCAAGAUUUUGAAACAUUGAAGCUCGAAAUUGAAGAGCUGCAGAAGGGCAUUGUGGCGGCGAAAGAGCAAGCCGUUGCGCUGGAACAGCAGAUCGUCGGUCUGCAGGAACGGCUGACGGAAGUGAGCGGUACGAGCGACCAAAUGACGGCGGCAGUAACGGCAUUGAAACAGCAGAUCAAACAACACAAAGAGGCCAUGAAUGCGCAGAACAAGGAACUGAAGGGGAAGUAUCACCAGCGUGACAAGCUUCUUAAGCAAAACGAUGAGCUGAAGCUCGAAAUAAAGAAGAAAGAAAAUGAAAUCACCAAGGUGCGGAACGAAAACAAGGACGGGUACGAUCGGAUCAGCGGGAUGGAGGAGAAGUACCCGUGGAUACCGGAGGAUAAGGAGUUUUUCGGCGUGAAAAACACGCGGUAUGACUACAACAAAGAGGACCCGCAGGAAGCAGGUCGGAAGCUGAAAAAGCUGCAGGAUUCAAAGGACAAGAUGAGCCGGAACGUGAACCAGAAAGCGAUGGUGCUGCUCGAACGAGAAGAGGACCAGUACAAGGAGGUGAUGCGCCGCAAGAAGGUGGUGGAGGAUGACAAGAAUAAAAUUCAGGCCAUCAUCAACGAUCUGGACGAGGAGAAGAAGAAAAAGCUGAAGGUGGCUUGGAGCGAGGUGGACGAAAACUUUGGCAGCAUCUUCAGCACGCUGCUGCCGGGAACACAGGCGAAGCUGGUUCCGCCCGAUGGCGUGAGUUUUAUGAAGGGGCUCGAGGUGAAGGUCGGUUUCAACGGGAUGUGGAAGGAAUCGCUGACGGAGCUGAGCGGUGGUCAGCGGUCGCUUGUGGCCCUCUCGUUGAUCUUGGCUAUGCUGAAGUACAAACCGGCACCGCUGUACAUUCUGGACGAGGUGGACGCGGCGCUUGAUCUGUCCCACACGCAGAACAUUGGCAACAUGUUGAAGGCGCACUUCACCAACUCGCAGUUUAUCAUCGUGUCGCUGAAGGACGGUAUGUUCAAUAACGCGAACGUACUUUUCCGGACGAAGUUCAUUGACGGUAUGUCCGGCGUCACGCGGACCGUUAACACGGCAAACCUGAAAAGAGCUGCUGCGGAAGCUGGAAGGUAA